AUGGGUCAUUCCACAGCAGGCAUUAGGAAGAGCGACCUAUGGAUGCAGAAAAAUGCAAGCUAUGAUGACUACAAUGGAUAUAAUGAUGGAUGUGGCUUUGGGGUGGAUAGAUUUGGAAGAGACCUCAAUUAUUGUUUUUCAGGAAUGUCUGAUCAUAGUUAUGGAGAUGGUAGAUCCCCUUUCCAGAGUACAACAGGUCAUUAUGUGCACAUGAGAGGAUUACCUUACAGAGCUACUGAAAAUGAUAUUUACAAUUUUUUCUCACCACUCAACCCUGUUUGCGUACACAUUGAAAUUGGACCUGAUGGCACAGUGACUGGAGAAGCAGAUGUUGAAUUUGCUACUCAUGAAGAUGCUGUGGCAGCUAUGUCAAAAGACAAAGCCAAUAUGCAGGGCAGAUAUGAAGAACUCUUCUUGAGUUGUACAGCAGGAGCAAGCAGUGGUGCUUAUGGUAGCCAAAUGAUGGGAGGCAUGGGCUUAUCAAACCAGUCCAGUUACAGUGGUCUAGCUAGCCAGAAGCUGAAUGGGGGUUACGGAAGAGGCUAUGGUGGCCAAAGCAGCAUGAGCAGAUAUGGGAGCCAAGAAGAGAUGAAUAGCAGCUCCUACAGCAGCAGGAGCCGUUCAUCUAUGGGAGUGAACGGAAUGGGAAGGAUGUCUGCCAUGUCCAGUAUGAGUGGUGGAUGGGGAAUGUAAUCCUGAUCACUGACUCUUGGUCAACUUUUUUAAAGAAAAACAAAAAACAAAAACAAAGUUCAACAGUUUUGCAAUACAAGCUUGUGAUUUAUGCUUACUGUAAGUGAAAUCAGGAUUGUUUUAAAAAUUUUCAGGUUCAGUAUUUUUGAACACAGGAAAAGCAUUCAUCCAGGAUGUAAAAACCAAGUUGAGUAAAGACUAUAACUGUUAAACAAUUUCAGCUUUUCUCAAGGUACUCAUAUUGUAGGAGUGUACUUAAGCAGUAAGUGUAUUUAGGUUAAGGCAGUCUCAAUUAUGUUAAAUGUUGCUCUUAUACCACAUUAUAUGGAACACUGUUUGAAAUGCAUGUUGGGAGACAUGCUUUUUUGUAAAACAAAAAUAGGAGCUGUGUCUGCGAUUUAAAAGUGAAACAUUUGGCAUAUUUGUUCUAGUUUAUUUC